AUCUGCUAGCAAGCCAUCUCGAUGAAGCGAGAAAAUCUAGCAUCAAGGCCGGGGCGAGUGACUGGGAAGGGGGGGGAGGUAGGCAAGGGAGGCAUUGGAAAACAAAAAAAAGUCAGGCAGAUGGCAGGGGGUAGAGAAAGCAAAGGCCGAGACGCCGUGACUUUUUGGUGACCUUUGAGGGAGACGGUGCCAGCUCUCAGCCACCUGGCCGUUCCCGAAUUCCCAUCAUCCGUUUCGACGCCUUCCCCUCCUCCACUUGCCAGGCAUCGUCCAGCCCUCGCUCCUCGUCGUUCCCAUCAUCGCCGCCGCCCUACCCAGUCACUCCUCGUACCGCUGCCCCGCCACGCCCGUUCCCUGCUCGCUGCGCCCUUAUUUUCCUCAGCACAGCUCCCAUGCCGACAUGUCGACGCAAGCGGGUCGUUCUCACCCAGCCAUCCGACGAACUCCUCCAGUCUGUCAAGACAAACCCUAACAGGGAGGUCUUCUAUCUGCGGCACACUGGCGAGAUCUUCGAAACAUACGAGGCUUAUGCCGCACGCAUGUCCUUUUACAGAUUGAAGCAGUUCCAAUGCGAGGUUACCGGAAAAAGUGGUCUUGACUAUUUUCAGGCUCUGGAAAGUGAACGACAAGAAGCUCGAACAUUACACGCACGAUUCUCCGCGCCCCUCAAGCCAGCCAUCUUGAAAGCUGUCCAAUGGCAGGUUGUAGGACGACUUGAUCAUCUUGUGGAAGCAGUGUAUGAACGCUUCAAGGACCGCUACUUCAAAGGAGAAAGGGUACUUGUCGAUCUACAAGGAACCAAGUACUAUGGUACAGUCGAUACGGUCUACCCUCCAAAGUUUUAUCAAGAUCAGGAUGCCCGCGACGCGCGCAAAGAGAACAGAGGGUCCUCCCCCAAGGCCGAAUUGGACGAACCUCACCUCAUCACCGGUGACUUGAAAAUACCAGCGGGCGAAGUUAAUGCCCAAGACAGGCCGGAGAGAUACUUUUACUGGGUUCAAAUCACCGAACCAGAGAAAGAAAAAGCGCACGACAAGGCCAAGAAUGCCAAGAAGCAGGAUGAGGAUACGGUCGGUAGUUUGAUGGAAGUUACAUGCCAAUUAAUGAGUCGAGAUCGCCUUUCUUUCUCCAAGUCUAUACUGCGUCGGUUCAUCCGCGACUGCGUUGAUCGUGAUGCCGCGGUCGCUUCGCCUUGGACCGUCAAACCUGCUAUCGCUAAGCGGUAUGGUGUCGACUCCGUGAUGCCUGAAGAGACUCGCAAAGACGUCGAGUCAAUCAAGAAAGGUGAAAUUGACAAACGCAAGAAGGUCUGGGAGGAUAAAGAUGGACCGCCUUCUAAAAGGCAGAAAAAGAUGACGGCGGCACAGGAAGAAAGAGCCGAAAAACGCGAGCGCGAAGCUCGUGAGAAAGCCGAGAAACAAAGACUAGCAAAAGAGGAGGCGGAACGAAUCGCAGCAGAAAAAAAGAAGAAGAAACCGGUUCGAUAUCCAACUGAAGACCUGGAUGUGAGGUUAGCGGACAAGGACAAAAAGGCUGGUAUGAAAGUCCAGAAACCGAUACCUAGUCGCACUACCAUUCCUUUCAACGACUCUCCUGGCACUUUUGAGGCCUUUUUGAUGAGUUGGAACUUCUUGAUUGUAUAUGGUCAACCACUUCAUCUCUCAACCUUCACUCUGGACGAGUUCGAACAUGCCAUACGUCACUCCGUUGAUGAUCCUCCGUGCCCUUUGCUUGCUGAAGUCCAUUCUAUCCUCAUCUAUAAUCUGCGGACUGUGCCAUUCCAUAGACAUAGCGCGGUUGUGUCACUUAUCCAUCUACAGGAAGAGGCGGCUGAUGGUGAUGAUAUGCUAUUGGGCCAGUCUAUCUCCAAUCUUACAGCUACAAUGGCUGAUAUUGGUAAUAACUGGGAAAGAGUGCCUUUAAGGCAUGCAGAGGGCAGACAAGGCUGGGAGGAUGCGCUGGUCGGUUGCUUGAAGGAUCACGCUAACAUAACCAACUUCCCUCGUCUGCGAGAGAUAUUGACAAAGUUACUUUUUGCGCCGGAAGAAGUUAAUGAACCCUCAACGUCCUCGAGCGCAUCUAGCUCACGUUCGCCUCCCCCACAAUCCUCUUUGUGCACUGUGCCAUCUUCUCCCGCUGAACGAUAUCAUUCGUUGCCACCGGCGGAUCGCAUAGCAAUCCUGUCUUUCCUAACCAAUCUUGCAGUCUCCAGCAAAGCAAUCCAUGCUCACAUGGAAUCAUGCGAGGAGCAGUUAACUGCUCUUCGGAAGGAGAAAAUUGAGGUCAACCGUUCCAAGAAACAGUUUGCUGAAGAAAUGAACACUCUCAUCGGAGAGACCAAAGACAAUUCCAUACCUCCUGAUGAAGAUGUCUCCAUGCAGGAUGCCAGUGACUCCGAAAUAGCCGCUUCUGAUGCUGCAUCUGACUCCCUGUCGGCGUCAAAGAAAGGAUCCUCCCGCCAGAAGGAUCUUCGUCAGAAGAUUCAGACUCAAGCAAAGCAACGUGAAGCUGCACGUGCUAAGCAAGCCUCUGUUAAACAAGCCAUGGCGGAACACCGGAGGCUUGACGAAGAAGUCAACAAGAUCGAACGAAGACUUGAAGGCAUUGAACGCGAGUUCAGGAAAUUAUUAGGCGGUGUCAGGGUCAAGCCGCUGGGACGGGAUAGAUUUUACAACCGUAUCUGGUGGUUUGACGGCCUGGGGUCAGCGUCGUUAGUGGGGAGUGGCGGCGUAGCGCAAUAUGGGACGGGCAGAAUUUUCGUACAGGGUCCUAGCGAGACAGAUAUGGAGCUUUUGAGGCUCCGGCAAGUAGAAGAAGAUAUUGAUGGUCGGAGGAAAGAGGAAGAAGGAGAAGAUGGUAUUCUUGGACCUGGAGAGUGGGCUGCUUACUCGGAGUUGGAAGAACUUGACGAAUUUGUAGCAUGGCUGAAUCCCAAGGGCCAUAGGGAAGUUGCUCUCAAGGCAGGAUUGACCAAGUGGUGGAUUCACAUAACGUCUGGUAUCAGGAAGCGUACAGCGGACGUUCAAGUCAAUGCUAAACUUCCUGAAGCAAGGCGUAGCACCCGAACAAAGGCUCAUGCUGGCUAUGACAUAUCCAGAGAGCCUUACAUGAUGUGGACGAAUCGCCGAGCAGUGAAUACCUCUUAGCAGCCUCCGAGCUAUAUCUCAUUGUGUCGUUGCCGCGCGCACUCUAUUUUGUGUUCUAGGAUUCUUGUAGACAUCACAUUCCUUGACUCGCGUACCGUCGCAAUUACUUUCCCUCUCUGUUUAUUGACGCUUUUGCUUACACUAAAUUACGAGCCACAGUUACUUUACAUGUAUAAAAUACGAGCACACGUUGCCAGUGUUGUACCCAAAUUUAGAUAGCCUGAUAACGCGCUCUUCUCGUG